CGCCCACCCCGCCCCAGACAUCGAGACCUCAUAAUGUGAGAGUUUCCCACUGUCUGCCUGAUGGCCUCUUUUUUCUCUUCUUAUCUUUUUCCACAUUAUACGACAAUCAACGACUACGAGUGAUAUUUUUAUCUACUCCCAGCGACAAACGUAAGCUCCAUUACAGCUACGAGUCUGCUUUUCCAGUUUUUCAAGACCUCGUCUACGUACUAUAUUUUUACAACGUACCGUAAGACUUGAGGCAGCAGCAACUACUACUUUCAAUUGCAUGCUCUCGCGCAUUCCCUCCCCGCGCACAACGCUAUUCUUCUCCCAAUAAACCUCGAGAAAUCACUUCCAAUGGAACAUCAGGCCCCCCUCCAAAUCUUCACCAUCACGCAGCUUGAGCUUGGCUCGCCGCUGAUCUGGGAGCCCGCCGUCGGCACCGUCGAGCACGACCGCCUCGUGGACGCCUACAUCCCAGGCCCCGCGAACCUGCAGCAGAAGCGCGCGACCAUUGCCCUCGACUUCUUUGACACGGCCGCUGCAUCCACCAUGCCCGCGCCCUUCUGCCGCACCUACCUCGUCGCGACCAGCACGCCCGAGUUCGCCGCAAAGCCGUACUCCCCCGCCUUCGCGCCUACCACCUCCUUCUCUCCAUCCACCACCUCCUCCCUCUCCUCCAAAUCAAGCAAGCGCUCCAUCUCCUCGCUCUCCUCCGCUGCUUCCGCCAGCCCCGCAAAGCGCCUCCCCGGCUUCUCCAUCAUGACCGCCGACGGCGUUGACAUCACCAACAACCAAUCGCGCGGUCCCAAGACCAAGGCGCAGCGCGAGCAGGCCGCCAAGAUGCGCAAGCUCGGCGCCUGCCCAGCAUGCAAGCGCAGCAAGCAAAAGUGCGAGCCCUCGCACCACCGCCCGGCGCCGAUGUCCGCCUCAUCGUCGCAGAACGCCAGCUCGGUCAGCUCGCCGUGGCAGAGCAGCGGAUCCGCGUCCGCUUCGACGUCUCCGGGAUCGCGCGCGAGCAUCUCCCCGCAGACCAGCUUCGGGCAGUCGUUCAGCCCGGCGUCGCAGGCUCCGAUGGCCGCGGCCGAUUUAGCAUGGAGCUUCGCUCUUCCGGCGGGAGACUUCGUGCCCGGAGAUUGGGGAUUCACAUCGGACCAGCUACUGGCGGAGAACAGCAAUGUUCCGGGACUCUUCCCGUCGGACCUUCUCGAUUUCGAUGCGCUGGACGAGGACUUCUUCGCGCCGGCGCCCGCGUCAGCUGACAACUUCUUCCCACAUGUUCAAGACAGGCCGAAUGUACAACCACGUGGCUUCGAGGGCGGGGCAUGGUACGAUGACUUUGUGCUAUCAUCGUACUUCAACGGCGGAGAAGCGGAUGUAUCUCUGUCAUCAGCCCAAGCGUCGGUGGGCGAGUCGUCUGCCAGGACCCAGGCAUCGUCGUCUUCGACGUCGCCAUCCGGACAGACUGACUCCUCGCACGUCCUUGGCGGGCUGGAACGCGUUCGCGAUCUAAGCCCGACGUCAUCAUCUAGUGAGAUAGGUGGUAGUAGUAGGAGUCCCGAGCUGGAUCUCUUUAGGGACCGCAGCGUCCAUGCCAGCGAGCUCGUUGUCAACGGCACGUUAUGCGGCACGUUAUGGGACAACUUACAAUCCGACUCCAGCAGUCCGACGCACGAUCCGCGCACCGCUACCCCGACGCUCCAGCGCCAGAGUAGCGAUGGCAUAGUCGACGACCCAUCUGAUCCAGAUCCAGUUCCAUGGGCCGUACCACCGAACACGACGUCCACGACGCCACGUCGCCAGACACGCGUAACAUCGAAGCAGAUUCGCGCGCCGACAUCGCGCGCCAAUCCGAUAGCGCACGCAGUUCCGUAUAUUACUGACCUGCGCGUCUCCGACGAAGGCGAUUUGCCCCCGUCUCACGCCAUGGCUCAAGCCAUGGCUGCUAACCAACACCAACGCUUGGAGUACCUCAAGGUGCUCCGAGACUCACGAAGGGACUUAGCUACUGGUAGUCACAGACUCCCAUCUGCGUCCGCAUCCUCGGUCCCAUUGGAACGAGACACGCAACUUCGAGCCGCCGUUGCGCGCUCCCUGGUCUCUUCCUCUCCGACUACAUCCGCACCCUCGGUAUCGUUGGAUCAAACCACCCAACGUCACGCCGCCGUUGCGAACUACCUUGUUUCUUCGCCACCGUCUGCGUCCGCACCGUCGGUCCCAUCGGAACGAAACAUCCAGCUCCACGCCGCCGUUGCGCGAAACCUUGUUUCUUCCUCGCCGUCUGCAUUCGCAUCCUCGGUAUCGCCGGAUCGAACCACCCAGCUCCACGCCGCCGUUGCGCGCUACAUCGCCUCUUCCUCAGUCUCAACACCAUAUUCCCCCCCCGCUGCCGCGUCUGGGGAAGAUGGACUUGGAGAAUGCAGGGAUAGGCACAAGGCGGUCCGGAAGCCAGUGGCGCUGUGCUCAUGCACCGUCAGUACGGCUGUACCUGCGACUGCGACUGCGCUCUGUGCGUGCACCCCUACCUCCCCAACAAAAACCAUACCUGCGAACUUGGUGGCACCACCGUCGCGACUCAGUACUGGCGUGCUGGGUGGUAUGCUGGAUGGUAUACGAAGACGUGUGCUUUCUUUCUUUGGGGCGGGGGACGCUGCUGGGGUUGAGGGGUUGGUAGGGGGGAUGGGGAGACUGGGGGUGGUAUAGGUAGUAUAGUGGGAAUUUAGUUAGGGCUGUUCUGUCGGAGAUGAUGGGAUGGUAGUGUGCGCUGUGCCGCGGUGGACUGUAGAUACUUUUACUCGUAGAUGAUAAUGAGACAGCCGUGAGCACGUUAAGGUUUUUACGCCGUGGCUUUUGUGAAGAUCGAUAUUCGCUAUAGAUGAGACUUAUGCUAUGAGUACCAAC